GUGGAAAAUGUUCGGUUACUUGAUCGUUUAUCUUCAAGAAAAGCUGCACUGGGAACCUUGUAUUUAACAGCUACCCAUGUCAUAUUUGUGGAGAAUGGCUCUGAAACUCGUAAAGAAACCUGGGUUCUUCACAGCCAAAUUUCCUCUAUUGAGAAACAGGCCACCACGGCCAGUGGUUGCCCGUUGCUGAUUCGCUGCAAGAACUUCCAGGUCAUCCAGCUGGUCAUCCCUCAGGAACGAGACUGCCAUGACAUUUACAUAUCUCUGAUACGUCUGGCACGACCAGUGAAAUACGAAGAGUUGUAUUGUUUCUCCUUCAAUCCAAAAUUAGAUAAAGAAGAAAGAGAACAAGGCUGGAAGCUUGUGGACCUCAAUGAAGAAUAUAAUCGGAUGGGUAUUCCAAACAACUAUUGGCAGAUUAGUGAUGUAAACAGAGACUAUGGAGUCUGUGACUCCUAUCCUACUGAAGUGUAUGUACCAAAGUCUGCGACUGCACACAUCAUAGUGGGGAGCAGUAAAUUUCGGAGCCGAAGGCGUUUCCCAGCUCUCUCUUACUACUACAAGGAUAACAAUGCAUCCAUAUGUAGAAGCAGCCAGCCUUUAUCCGGCUUUAGUGCUCGAUGCCUUGAGGAUGAACAGAUGCUCCAGGCCAUUAGGAAAGCAAAUCCAGGAAGUGAUUUCCUAUACGUUGUUGAUACUCGGCCCAAACUCAAUGCAAUGGCAAACAGAGCAGCAGGGAAGGGAUAUGAAAAUGAAGACAACUACUCCAACAUCAAGUUUCAAUUCAUAGGCAUUGAGAACAUCCAUGUCAUGAGAAGUAGUCUGCAGAAAAUGCUUGAAGUUUGUGAGCUGAAAUCACCUUCAAUGAGUGACUUUCUGUGGGGCCUAGAAAAUUCUGGCUGGCUGAAGCAUAUCAAAGCCAUUAUGGAUGCUGGCAUUUUUAUUGCAAAGGCUGUGGCUGAGGAAGGUGUGAGUGUGCUUGUUCACUGCUCUGAUGGCUGGGAUAGGACAGCCCAGGUUUGCUCUGUAGCAAGCCUUCUAUUGGAUCCAUAUUACAGGACUAUGAAGGGAUUCAUGGUGUUAAUUGAAAAAGACUGGGUUUCCUUUGGUCAUAAAUUUAACCACAGGUAUGGCAAUUUAGAUGGAGAUCCAAAGGAGAUAUCCCCUGUUAUUGACCAGUUCAUUGAAUGUGUAUGGCAGUUAAUGGAACAGUUUCCUUGUGCCUUUGAAUUCAAUGAGAGAUUCCUCAUCCACAUACAGCACCAUAUCUAUUCUUGCCAGUUUGGGAAUUUCCUGUGUAACAGCCAGAAGGAGAGACGAGAGCUGAAAAUCCAAGAACGAACAUAUUCAUUGUGGGCUCACUUGUGGAAAAAUCGUGCCGAUUACCUGAAUCCUUUGUAUAGGUCAAACCACAGUCAAAUGCAAGGGACCCUGCGCCCACAGAUGGCUCCAUGCAACUUCUUGUACAAGUUCUGGAGUGGUAUGUACAACCGCUUUGAAAAGGGGCUGCAUCCUCGACAGUCCGUUACUGAUUAUCUGAUGGCAGUGAAGGAAGAAACUCAGCAGCUGGAAGAAGAGCUGGAGGUCUUAGGAGAGAGACUGGCCAAUCUUCAGAAAUCACAAUUAAAUUAUAAUAAAAUCAAGAGUAAGCAACAAGACCAAAGCAAACAGUUAGGGCUUUCUACUUCCAACAACAGCUUGGCUAACACUCCCCAGGAGUAUAGCAACGAUCUGAAAUCAUUCCCAUCCCGGAGCCCUUCGCAAGGGGAUGAAGAAGAUUCAGCCCUGAUUUUGACACAGGACAACCUGAAAAGCUCUGACCCUGACCUCUCAGCUAACAGUGAUCAGGAGUCUGGUGUGGAGGACUUAAGCUGUAGGUCUCCAAGUGGAGGUGGCUGCUUGCCUAGUGAAGACAGUGGCAAGGAUUCAGAUGAGGCCGUAUUUCUGGCAGUCUGA